GCUCUGGCUGCGGCGCUGGAUGGCGCUGGUGGAAAUUUGGGAAUGUGUGGUCAAGAUUUGUGUCGGGUUGAGCUGAGCUCGGACAGGACGCGAGACUGACUGCAUCUGAGUGCGAGCAUUGAGACUACCUGGGCAAAGGAAGAACAGUGUGGAGGCUCCAAAGUGAAGCUCUAUAUUCGACAGACGGAAAGUUGACACAUCAGCGUGAAGGGCAGAACUACAGCCAUAAACAUAAACACUUCAACAGUCACACAGCUGCUUUCAACCUGCCAGUCAUUCCGUAUCACCACACUUUAACAUCUCACAUGCAAGAGUGUGCUAUUUAGCAGCAGCAGACAAACAUCAGAAAACAGAAACUAUCAGUAUUACAACCUCACCAUCUUUAUAUAUCCUUCAUAUCUGCACUCACACACCAAACACCCGGCUCUGACCCACGCACUUCUCUCUCAUGGGAGUAACAUAGAGACACACUCCGCUUGCAUUGACUCAUACAGACACACAACACACACAGUCGGUGGUCUCCACUGUUCAGGAUGUCCUCCUCUUCCUCCAGCAUGAUUAGCUGGGGAAGGACGAGGCUCUUAUGGUGAUUGGAGGGGGGCAGAGGAGCCCGAUCUGGACCCAUGUCGUGGAAGAGGAACUACUUUGCGUCAGGCAGCGGCGGCGGCAGCCUGCAGGGGAUGUUCACCCCACGCAACAUGACCUCCAUCGCUCCCAGCAAAGGCCUGAGCAAUGAGCCGGGCCAGAACAGCUGCUUUCUGAACAGCGCGCUACAGGUCCUUUGGCAUCUUGACAUCUUCCGCAGAAGCUUCCGGCAACUGAACACUCACAAGUGCAUGGAGGAUUCGUGUAUCUUCUGUGCUCUGAAGAGCAUCUUCGCUCAGUUCCAGUUCAGCAGUGAGAAGGUGCUCCCAUCGGAUGCUCUGCGCAGCGCUCUGGCCAAAACCUUCCAAGACGAGCAGCGCUUUCAGCUGGGCAUCAUGGAUGACGCGGCCGAGUGUUUCGAGAACCUCCUGAUGCGGAUCCACUUCCACAUCUCAGACGAGAGCAAGGAGGACAUCUGUACGGCCAAACACUGCAUCCCACAUCAGAAGUUUGCUAUGACACUUUUCGAACAGUGUGUUUGUAAUAAUUGUGGAGCCACAUCAGAUCCUCUCCCCUUCAUUCAGAUGGUGCACUAUAUCUCCACCACCUCUCUCUGCAGUAACCAAGCGGUGCGAAUGCUGGAGUGUAAAGAGAAGCCCACCCCUGACAUGUUUGGAGAGCUUCUCCGCAACGCCAGCACCAUGGGUGACCUGCGCAACUGCCCGAGUAACUGUGGUGAGAUGCUGCGGAUUCGGCGAGUUCUAAUGAACUGCCCGGAGAUCAUCAGCAUCGGUCUUGUUUGGGAUUCAGAUCACUCUGAUCUGGCUGAAGAUGUCAUUCACAGCCUGGGCACAUGCCUACGCUUGGGUGAUCUCUUCUACCGUGUGACGGAUGAACGAGCUAAGCAGUCUGAGCUCUAUCUUGUGGGCAUGGUUUGCUACUACGGCAAGCAUUACUCCACCUUCUUCUUCCAGACCAAGAUACGCAAAUGGAUGUACUUUGAUGACGCACAUGUGAAGGAGAUUGGUCCCAAGUGGAAGGACGUGGUGUCGAGAUGUAUAAAAGGCCACUACCAACCUCUAUUGCUGCUGUAUGCUGACCCGCGUGGCACACCCGUGUCUUCGCAAGAUAUGCUGGCAGCACAGCUGGACCUGCACCACAGCAGCAAGGCCGGCUACGACAGCGAAGACUCCGGACGGGAGCCCUCAAUUUCAAGUGACACUCGCACAGACUCUUCCACAGACAGCUACAGCUACAAGCACUCUCGAUCACACCAUGAGUCCAUGGCCUCCCAUUUCUCUUCUGACUCUCAGGGAACUGUGGUGUGUAAUCAGGACAGCAGCGGUUCCCAGAACAGCAUGGACACUGCAGGGGAGGUUCUAGACCAGGCCACUCCUAUUUGCACGCCAAGACCCUCUUCUACUGGCCAUCUGCAGGACUAUAAAGAGACUGUGAACAUGAUCCACAGCAGACCUCUCUCAUCGUCCUCUAGCUCAGGCGUGGGGGGUUCGGAAGCUGGAGCGCGAGCGAGAGACUGGGAGGACGAGAGCACCAGCAGCGAGUCCAAAUCCAGCUCCAGCGGAGGCCGCUAUCGCCCCACUUGGAGACCCAGAAGAGAGGCCCUGAACAUCGACAGCAUCUUCAGCCGGGAAAGACAUCGGCCUGUGGGAUACACCACGCUUGGACCUUCCCCUCUGCCGGAAGACCCCAUGUCACCAGUGCACGGUGAGCUGGUCUCAGUGGCUGUGGCAGAGGGAUCAAACGGAGCAGCAGGAGAGACGGGGGAUAUGACCGAUGGCUCUGGGGGUGCGGUGGAGCCGGGAGUUGAGCAUGUGCCAAACCCACCACCUUUACGAGGUGUAGAACAGCAGCCUCGGCUGAUCCAGAGGAUGGAGAGUGGCUACGAAAGUAGUGAGAGGAACAGCAACAGCCCGAUCAGCAUGGACAUGCCCCUCAGCGACAACCCAAACUCGAGUGCUCACAGGGACUUUGGAAAUAAGAGGCCUGUAACGUCUGGACCAUCUUGGCGCACUGUGCCCAAGUCCAAAAGUAGCAGUGCCAUCCUGCAGGACCUCAAAUCACCCACCUGGAGCAGCGCUGCGCUAAGUUUGGGGGAAGAGCGUAGUGAGCUGGAUGAAUUGCAGGAGGAAGUUGCUCGCAGGGCUAGGCAACAGGAGCUGCAGAGGAAGAAGGAGAAGGAGAGAGAAGCGGCGCAGGGCUUUAAUCCCAGACCCAGCAAAUUCAUGGACCUGGAUGAACUUCAGCACCAGGGGAAGGGGGGCAGUUUUGAGCACUGCCUGGCGGAGGCUGACUCUCUCAUAGAGCAGUCGAUGCGCCUGGAGCAGGCUGGGGACACAGCUACAGCCCUGGCGCUCUCCCACCACGCCGUGUCUAAACUAAGAUUUUCCAUGCAUGAGGGCAGUGCUAACACUCAUAGCAGGACAAUGGCUGCUGACGCCAAGCUGCAAAAAUGCAUGAGGAGAGCGCGGGGCCUUCAGCAGCGCAUGCAGCAACAGCAAGAACAGCCGCAGGAGCCCAGCCGCCCACAGGGGCCCAUCAGUGAACAGCCUGGCCCGGUCCAAGUAUUGUUGACAGACAAUCAGGAAGAGGUCUGGGAGACCAAUCCGGAUUCAGUGCUUGGCCCACCCUCUCCUCAACACAUGAAUUCACCCUCCUCUUGUACAAACUCCCCAUCUCAGCUCUCUAACCGCCCAUCGCUCAAUCCAGGAUCUUCCCAGCCACAUCCACAAGAGUCUGAGGUAUGCAGCAAUUGGUCAAAACAGAAGGAGGAGGAAUGGGGUGGCAUCAGAUUAUCAGACGUUCUCCAAGCAUCAGGCAUUCGGGUCAUGCCCAUACGGAAACACUUGGCCAUAUCUCUACCCUCUUUGCCCCUCGACUUCUGGGGUGUAUUGGGAGAGGACGAAGAGCACCCUCAAGCAUCGAUCCCUCAAAAUCCAAAUCCUCCUUUGUGGCAGGACAUUGCAGAUAGUCCAGAGAAGGUACGCCAAUCCAACACGUCUACCAGUCCAACACCUGCUACAAAUGAGGAAAAGGGGUCAAUGCCCCGACGAGUCCCUAUAUGGCAGCCUCUAUGUACAUCUUCCCAUCCGUGCAACAAACUGAGCCCGCCUGUUGCUGCCCGUCAUUGGUCCUCUUGGAGUCUUGACCGUCCUGAUGCUGUCAUCACUCCCUAUGACACACCUCCUGAACAGAACCUACGGGCAGGAAGUGUCCUCUCCCAACACACAUCUGGAAGACACCUUCCUCCUCGCAGUCCCAUGAGCACCAGGAAGAAGAAUAUCUCUAAGCACUCGAGCUUCCAAAGCAUUGAUCUGGAGCCCACUGAGGCUGAGGACCAGGAGCUCUCUGAACUGGACUCACUCUACCAGGCCAGUCUCCAGGCUGGCCCGGCUCCUGGUCGAGCCUUGCGUGGUACCAGCUCACCUGCUGUUGGGAGAUCAGUACCUCCUGCUGCUCGAAAACUGCUCACUGGAGUCGGACGCUCUCGAACCCCUACGGCUGAACUCGAGAGAACCGCUUAUGGACCCCCAGGUUGUUACAGCCCUACUGGUUACAUGAACAUGCCUCUGUCGGUGGCCCAUCAAGGGCUACAGUCAGAAGAGGACGACCAGUAUGAUGCGGAUCACCUGCGCCGUAUUGCUCGCAGCCUGAGUGGAACCGUCAUUGGGCGACGCCAGAACCGUCUUGCUGUCUCCCGAAGCUUUCUCGGGGACUCUGGGGUUUCGUCAUGUCAAAGCUUCAUGUACUCACCUAGUUGCCUUCAGUUUCCAUUGUCUCAUUCAGACCUCCAUCUGCUUCAACCCAGCUAUCUCCAUCAUCAUGCGUCACCUUCACCCCUGUCUCCACAGCCUGGGCCUUGCAGAGAGGUUCCAGGAUGUCUCCAGAGGUUCUCCGAGUUUCUGGCUGUGUCUGACUGGUGUCAAACUCUCUCCAGUGGGGAGCACUACCGUCCAUCACUGAGGGUUCCUGGAGGACGUCCUGACUAAGGUUUCCAUCUCAACCAAGUGGCUUUGGACACAACCGUGUCCUUGGAUGCAUUUGUUUUCCUGGACUACCUUUCUGCACACCCAAUCCCAAUUCUCUUCACAGUUUCCUGGAGAACUGUCCUAAGAUCUGAUGCCAUCCUUUAUCUCCCUGUGCUCUGUAUUGUUCCUGGGAUGAUGUCCUUCUGUUAUAUUGAGCUAUAGUCAGUAAAUUUUUCCAUGCAAAAGCCCCUGAAGCUCGAUCCACAGCAUGCUGGAAAGAGACACCAAAACCAACUUUUUUUUUAAGAGCACUGGGAUGGUGUGAUGCUUUUGUGGUGUGUGUAUGACUAACUUAUGGUCAGACCUGCAGCAUGCAAUGAUAGGAGCUUGGGGUCCCGACUCGGACCUCCCACGGUGAGCCAACCAACCCAGAGCACUUAAUUUAAUCGACUCCAACAUUCAGUUACUGCAGAGGAGAAGUAUAUGGUACCUCCAUGCUGCAUUAAAUGGUAAAUGUGUGUUUGUCUGUAUGCGUGUGUGCAUGUGUUGGGUGGUAAAAAGGAAGGAGCUUGUUGUAACCCUGCCUUUUGUGUUAUUUAUGUUUCUUGUCAAAAGUUUGGAAUAUUUGCUGUUUUAGAUUUAUAUUAAAAAUGAUUUUGAAAUAUGUCUUGUUCCCUCACAAGACUAAACUAAUUUACCCAAUAAUAAACUAAAAACAGUCAUAUUGUCUAAUAUUCAAAGCACAAUGUAUUCCUGUGUUGGCAAAUCUGUAUUUUCAGUAGCUGUGUCUUAGUAUUUCUGAAAAUGUUCAGUUUUGUGAAGUUUCACAAAACUAAUUUCGAGGCGAGCAUGUGAUAUAAUUGACCGCAGCUGGUCCGUUUUAGUAAUCAUCUGAUUAUUCCAAAUUUAACAUAAAUAUCCAGCCUAACUUUACUCCCUAUCUUCAUUUUGGAAAUCCUCCCCCCAUCUACCCCUUCUCCCUCCUCCUUAAUUCUAGGAUCGGUUGACAUGGCGGCUUAGUGGCUAGCACUGCUGCCUCACUGCAAGAAGGUCGUUGGUUAAAGUCCUAGCUGGGACAGUCUGCUUUUCUGUGCGGAGUUUACAUGUUCACCCUUACGGGUGUUUUCCAUCAUUGGGAUAGGGCUGUAAGUGUUUCCGCUGCGUAAUACAUAUGCUGGUAUAGUUGGCGAUUUAUUCCACUUUGGCGACCUCUGAAAUAAAGACAAAGCUGAAGGAAAAUAAAUAAAUGAAUGAAUAAUACUUAACCCAGGUCAUUGAAUGGUAUCACAGUUUCCACAGACAUAGUAAGCAGCAGUUUUUCAAAAAUGUUACUUGAGCUACCAAAUCAGCCUGUUACUAUGAUUUAAGAGUGAUCACUGUAGACUGGAGUAAUAGCUGCUGACAAUUCAAGCGUACCAUCAAAGGAAUACAUUGAACUUUAAAAUAUCUUGGAAUAGAUAUAUUAACAGUACAAAAUAUUUUACAAUAUUGCAUUUGUUUUACUCCAUCUUUAAACUAGAAAUAUUAAGCAAAGUUUAGGAUAGACAUCAUUUUUAGCCAUAUUGAUUGUUUUAAAUGAUUAAAUGAUUGAAAAUUAAAUGAUUAUUACCACAGUUUUACAGCAAAUACCAAGGUUCAAUUAUGAUUAGUAUAGUGAACCCAUAAAUAUUUAGUGGUUACCAUAAUUUGACAUCUUUUUUAGGUAUAGGUAAACCAUUGUUAGUUUCUUUCAAAACAUUUAAAAACUAUAUUUAUUCCAGACUUUUGACCAGUAUUUUUUAACACACACACACACGCUUCAUCCUUCCUCCUCGCCUGUCUCACAGAUGCAAAUCCUCAGCAAAUCAACGUGCUGGAAUUAUCGCCGCUUUGCUGACCGUUUUUUCCACAACUCUCCUGCAAACUAUUUUUUUCUCUUUCAAUAGCAGGAUGGGUUUUUGUCAUGUAGAUGCUAAGUACUUCAACCUGUACUAAGUGAAUAGAGAUGUUUUGUACGGUGUCAUCUCUCAGCUCUGGUGCUUUUUGUCAGAGCAGGCAUGUAAAUCUGUGGCCCUGGCGUGGAAAGUGGAACGAGACUGUCUCUUCUAACCUUUUUCCUACUUCUUCUCUCUGAUACGGGCAUUCCCUGUAGCACACAGCUGUUUUGUGUCUCGUGUUACAGGCAAAAGACUGUGUACAUGUUUGACUGAACAUACACUAACAAGCAAAUUUAUUGUUAAUAAAGAAACUAUGACAUCUUAAGAAACAUACAGAGGAAUGGAGAAAACUACGUAAUGACGUAAUGGAAUGUUAAUCAAUUCUAGUGGUAAUAAUUAUUAUCUGCAUUAAGACAAGUAUAGUACACUUCAGAAGUGUAAAGCUGGAGAAAAACUGCUAUUUUAAUUCCAUUGACUGUUCUCCCGUUUAUACAGGGAGAUAUGCCAAGUUAAGCUUCCUUUUUAUUGUUUAUUUGACUUGAUUUGAUCGAUUUUAUUUGAGUUUUUUUUUUUUUUCCUUGCAGUGACACUGAAACCACAGCUAUGAGUCUGGCACAUGAUGGAUCUUCAGGCCUGUAAUAGUUGAGGGGUCUCAUCCCAUUUGAUUUUAGUAGAAUUUACAUUUUUCUAGAUUUUUUUAAAGCAAAACGCAGCUGAAGAAUGUUUGCCCCCGAUAGUGUUUAAAUGGAGCUCAUUUGAAGCUUCACUAGCCUGAGAUGGGGUCUUUGAGCAAGGAUUGCUUUCACUUAAAGAGAUAGUUCACCCAAAAAUGAAAAUGUACUCGCUAUUUGCUUUCCCUCAAGUGGUUCCAAACUUAUUUGACUUAUGGGGAUAUUUUGAAGAAACCUGAAAACCACUGAAAACAAAUACAAUGGACGUCAAUGUGUACAGGUUUUCUGUUUUCUUCAAAAUGUCUUCUUUUGUGUUCAACAGAAGAAAGAAAGUCAAAAAGGUUUGCAGCAAGUGAAGAGAGAUGACGGGAUUGUCAUUUUUGGCUUAGCUGUCUCUUUAAUAGGUUUUGUGAUAUAUAUAUAAACAAACACUUAAACCAAUCAACAGAUAUUUUGUAUCACAAUAUAAUAUGAUUAAUGCAGUAUUUUACUUUUCAUCCUAAUCAUAUUGUGCUGUGAUCUGCAUUAUUUUUUUAAUUAAAGUGCUAAAAUGACAAGUGAUUCUAACAGAUAUAACUUAAGAGAUUUAGACCUUAUUUAACUUUGUCUUAACCAAAGAUUGGCUCUAACACAAAGAUAUGUUUGUUUUUUCUUCUUUGUCAUUUAUUCAUCUUUCCUUUAGUUGAAAGGAUGUUUGAGAAUGUAGCAAAGGUGGCGUAUGAGUAUGCUAUGCAAAAAUGCUCUCUCCUGAACUACCAGCAGAGUCAGACUGGGACAAAAUCGAAUAUUAUUUUCUUCUUUUCUUCUUUUCCUAUAUACUGAGGAAGAAAAUGAUUUCCUGCUGAAUUGUUGAAUCUUUACUUAUUAAUGUCUGUACAGUUAACAGCCUUUGAAUGCGAGUUGUAGCCAGUGGAAGGUGGAUUUCUCAAAGAUGAAAUGGCAUUUCAAGGGUUUUCCAUUUCGGGACUCAUUUGUAAAUGCUUGAGGUUGAGUGAACUUGUAUUUUUGCAAUAAAGUUAUUACCAAUGCACUCCAGCAGGGGCGCUGCACAAACGCCUA